AUGAAAUCAACCGUCGAGUCAAGAAAGCUCUAUACAGGCCAACAACCAGAGUCGGCAAGUCACAACAACCAAUGUUACCUUCACUACAGAGCUCAGAGGGUUUUCUAUCAACUGUCCAGCGCCGCUUGCGGUGCGGGAAUCAAUGAUGGGUGGGUGAGGGAUGGAGGAAUCGAGAGUCGGAUAAUGGUCCUGUCUGCCGAGGCCGUCAUCGCCAUUGUCGGUGUCUUCAUCAACAUUCCCACCUUUGUCUUGGUGUUUUGGCACAUGUGGGUAAAGCGGAGACGAAGAAGUAGCAGUUCGCAUAGACAAACUCGGCGAGAUUCUGAGUCCUUCGAGGAGCAUCAACUUUUCGACAGGGUGCCCCUCCAUCCUCGACACGCUUUCCCUUGGGGUCAGCAGCCGCCCAUGUUUGCAUGGUACGCAAUGCCUUGGGCUACGCCAUAUGGUUUUGAUCGUCGCGCGCUAUGA